AAGGUACCGUAGUAUGGGCCAGGCGGGCAGCCAGCUGGGCGCGGAGCAGCGCGCGCGGCGAGCGCACACCCUGCCUCACGAGCCUCUGCGACACGCGCCUAAGGUUCUACCAUCUCUAACGGAGUCACCUCGACUGCGCAGCACUGAUAAUGGAGCAAUACUGCACUCAGGAGGAACGAUCAGUGGCAGGAGACCGGGCUCACAGAUGCAGGAGACCUCCGUACCACAUGGACACGUGCACUCGAAUGCACACAGAUCGAGGUCAGCUGGAGGUGCUUCCGAGGGUGAGAUCAGAUCGAGAGAAAGAGACCCUUUGCAUCGAUCACAUACAAAUCUCGACAUCAGGCAUAACGAUUCGAAUAUCAAUAAAAGAUUCGGAUCUGAACCAGAUCUGAGGAUAGAAGAGGAACAACAAAAGUCUAGAUGCAAUAAUAAUAACAAAAACUAUCGUAAGAAAUAUCGAGCUCCGCAGCCACCGAUUAACGAUCAUCGAGAAGGUUCGUCGCCAGAUUCCAGCGCAGGGAACGCGAAAAACGAACCACAAAAGAAACUCAGACUAUUUAGAACAAGACAUGAGACUAAAAAACUUAAUGGCCACAUGGAUUCGAAGAUACCGGUGUACAAGAACACGUACACUGACUUCAAAUCUUUAGACUUCAACGACCACUUCGAGAGAAGGUACAAGUCUGCUAACAAGGACAAAGAUCAGAGUUUCAAUUAUUUAGACAACAACGAUAUGGUCCAGAGUACAGCCUCUUUGGAAAAAGAAGAACGACUGCUUCAAUCUAAACAAGACUAUAGGAAGUCGAGAAUGGAAAGAACGAGCGGAUGUAGAGCGAAAACUUCAAAGACGAGCGUACAAAGCGAAGCGUGGAAGACACCGCUUCUAAACAGAAACUUUAGAUAUUCAGAAAGAUUUAGGAAAGAUGACAACGAUCAACCUUUGUUAAGAAGGGAAAAAACUUUCGAUGAUACGCUUAUUGUAAGUGAAAGAGAAAAUGAGUCACCUAGAGCUUUACACGAAAAGGAAACUAAAGCUAAAGGUGAAGAAUUGAGCAACAAGCUAAGCCCGUUGGGUCAUAGGAACCAGCCUUUGAGGAAAUCUCUUCCUUCAUUACUAAGUAAAGGUAACGAAGAAAAAGACGAGUUUCAAGAAGAAUUAAAGAAGGCGACCAGUAGGAUAAGGAAAGAGUUAGGGAAUAAAUUAAUUGUAAGCGAAAAUAAAACUAGUCAAAACGAUAAAACGAGUACGCAGAAACCAAACCCAACGAAAUCGACAACUCAGAUCAGAGUCAAAGAAUCUAGUCUCAAAGCAGCAAACGUUCAAGAUUCUAAACCUGCCAUUAGUAAUAUCAGCAGGAGGCCAUUAAGUCGACUAAAUGAUAGUAAACCUAAGGCGACGUCGCAGACUAAAGUGAUCAAGACGGAUGUUAGUAAAUAUAAAUUCGAAAGCAAGGAAAACAUAAGGACAAUGCCAGAUAGAGGACAAGCGUCUGGAAAGGAAUCGACGCCUGAACAUUCACCGACCAGAAUAAGAGAUAACACUAGAAAUGUCGCGCAAGACAAACAAAGACCGACACCAUCAAAGCAGUUUUAUUUUGGCAUGAUUGAAAGCAAGAAAACGGAACCGCAGGAUCACUUAAAAGACUUUCCUGGCCUGGGAAGCCCAAUAAUCGAAGAACUAAGCAACUUUCACCUAAUAGAAAAGAAGCUUUUGGGGUACCAUGAAGAAGAUGAGAUGGAGAAAUUCAAUGAAAAAUUCAGAGAAGAUUGUAAAAGAAACUUAUCAUCAGAAUCAGCUCUAUCAUCAGACGGUUCGGACGCAGGGUCGGAUGGCUCAUUAGGUAUCGCGCUGAGACUUCGACCGACCUUGCCCAAGAAGUUGCCCGCUGCUGCUCGAUUUUCACCAGCAGCGGCCUGGAGACAGCUCGCCACUCUCGAUGCACAUCUUGCCGAAAGCCAACCACUAGCAGUAGAAACAAAGAUGUCAGCCGACGUGCCCCCAGAAUCAUCACCCAGGUCGGACCAGUCUGCUGACAAAUCUGGAGACUCGGGAAUAUCUGGUGACCAUGGACAUAGCGAUCAUAGAAUAGACUCGCCUCGACAUCCCGCGCAGACGGCGCCGGCCUGGACGCCGCAGCAGGACCUGGGCGACAGCAGCUCGGAGGGCGCCGCGCCCCUCUCCCACCCCCACCCCCACCCCCUGGGCCUGCCGCGCGACGACAGGUUUAAAGGAGUUUCGUGCUUCUACGAAUGCUUCCAGGGUAAACAGUUCCAGCAGGGUUUCAACAGUCUCCAGAAAUUACGGAAGUCCGUCUCUGGUGCUUUUGGCGCUUUGGGUUCCAGGAGGUUCGAUCUAGAACACGAACCGAUGUUAGUGGAACCGGAACAGAAUUGGUUCCUCACGAAAUCCGCCCCUAAUUCUUUGAGCAAUCCGUUGUUGUACCACCAGCCGUUGAGAAAAAAGGUUUCCGAGGAUAAUGUCAAAGAAGAACCUAGUGUGUCUUCUGAAAAGGGUCAAGAAGACGGGACGAGAUGGCGAACCAGCUCGUAUUUGAGUUUCGGCGGACACGUGAUGUACUUGCCGCCGGCGCCCGGUUUCGACCAGCCCGCGUCGCUGCCGGUCGCGGACAGACCCGUCAGGAGCAGGUCCAGCGGCUGCCUGGAGGCGGCGGCGCGGGCGGCGCGCGCGGCGCUGGCGGCCGAGAUGCGCGAGCGCUCCGCCUCGCCCCCCUCCCCCUCCUCGCCCCCCUCCCCCGCCGCGCCCGCCGCGCCCGGCGUGAGGCGCGCGCUGCCCGCCCGCGUCGAGCCCGCGCCCGCGCGAAACACAAACCCGGGUCGCGGAAAACGGUUCACAUUCCAGUCGACAGUGAGACAAUUGGAGAGGCGGCGACUGGCUGAGAAGCUGUCCCGAGAGGCGGAUCUCAAGGAGCAACAGAGGCGGACCGAACUGGAGGCCAUGAGGAGAGUUGAAGAAGAAUUUCAGAGGAAGAGAGCGAGAGAAAAGGCGAACAUUCGCCAGCAAUUGAGGCUGGUCAGCAGCGGAGCUAACAGCAUGCCACCUACCUCCCACCAGAAUAAGACACGGGACGAGCCAGACGGGUCGUGCCGCGCGUCCCCUGCAGCAGAGCGCGCGAGGGAUGGCCGACAGAGGAACAGCACCGCGUCCUCCGAGGGCAGCGGCAGGAGCAAGAGCUCCACACCGAUCCGCAGCGUGGAGCUGUCCGAGUGGCGCACCGAGAGCGGCGCGCGAGUGUACCGCGACUGGGCGGCGCAGGCGGCGCUCGCGCAUGCGCACCCGCCCGCUUGUGCGCGCAUGCCUUCCGCGCACUACGGUACGUACACACUCACACACACGCGCUCGUUCAGCGGCAGCCCGCGCUCCGACAACUACCGGCGCGAGUUCGCCCGCGGCCGCUCGCCGCGCACGCCGCGCGCGCCGCGCCUGCUGGCCGCGCACUCGCCCGCGCCCUCCUCCGCCUCCGAGCGCUCGCUGCGCGCGCCGCUCGCCGUCAGGGAAACAACAAAAGAAGAGGAUGCAGUUGAACCUGUCAUAGUACCAACAUUACGGCCUUCCGGUCCCGCGCGAUCAACUUUAGCCAUUCGUUAAUCAACCGUCGAGCGGAGCGGAUGCGUCCUUUAUAUGAACAAAAACACUCAAAAAAAUAACUGAAUCUCCACAUCACCAUUUAGUUAUUUACGAAUUUCUUUUAUAGUAUUUUAAUUAUAAGACUUGUAGGUAAUCUCGUUGCAAUAGUCUUCCGUUCGUAAGCGUAAUAUCGAAGCUUUAAUCUAGGGUUAACUGUAUUCUUACUAACUUCUAGACCUAAGGAAGGUGCUAGUAUAUUUAAAUUAUUCGUUAAGUAACUUUAUACCGUUUGAUAUGUUACACCAUAUGAAAAAUUAUAUAUUAAAUAUGCAUGAAAAAACUAUUUCAGCAAUACUGUGUCUGCACCAAUACCUUAAUUUGAAAACCAACUGACUACGUGUUUUUAAAUAACGCAAAAUAUAUAAAAAAUUACAGUUUUAUAACUUUCUAAUAACAGUGAAAAUUAUGUCAUAAAGUGUUUGGAUAACACUUAUAUAUAACAACAGAGUAAAAAUCAAUAAUCGUUUAUCCAUUGCAAUAAUUCACGAAAUUCAAAUUUCGCUAACAAUAAGUGUAAUACUGUGUAUAAUAAUAUCAUAAAACUGUUAUUUUCAGCGUCUUCUGAAUACUACUAUUGAGUUGGUUUUAAAAUGAAGGUAUUGUUAUAUGUGAUUAAUAAAAUGGAUAUUAAAAACUAGUUGCCCCGCGCGGUUUUGCCUAACUUACAUCCAAUCCCAUGAAAUAUCGGGAUAAAAUAGGAUUCAUAUGUUGUUCUAAAUCUCCAGUUAUCUACAUACCAAGUUUCAAUUUAAAUGUAUUUUAUUAUGUGAAAGAGUAACAAAAAUCAAUCCAAACUUUCACAUUUAUAAUAUAAAUGGAUGGACGGGGUCCGGGGACGGGGUAUGGGGUCCCCAUAAGGGCGAGGUCGUAAGUAGGUUAACGGCUCUGUGCCUAAUGGUCAUACAUCGAUUACUUCUAUGUACACGCCUUUACAAAUAUAAAAGAAAUGUUUACACAAAGCAAAAUCAAUGAAGAACUACGAUUACUUACUACUAACCUGUUUCACUUACUGGUAAAGUUUAUCUCGUACAUAAGUUUCUGGUAAGGCUUUAUCGACAGGAUGUGUAAAAGGCUCUCAGGGCCUGUUUUGUUUCAACAAAGAUUUUUUUUUGGAUUUACAAAGUAUU